AUGGCGAACCCGCCCCCCAUAGUUCUCGAUGGCGGUACCGGCUUUCUCAAGGUCGGCUAUGCCGCCCAAAACUUCCCCGAGUUUCAAUACCCGUCUAUCGUCGGCCGGCCGAUCCUCCGUACCGAAGAAAAGGGCGGGAGCGACAUGAUAAUCAAGGACAUUAUGUGCGGAGACGAGGCCGCUGCCGCACGCACCAUGCUUCAGGUCAGCUACCCGAUGGAAAACGGCAUCGUCAAGAAGUGGGACGACAUGCAGCAUCUGUGGGACUACACCUUCUACGAAAAGAUGAAGGUCGACCCGCGCGGCCGCAAGAUCCUCCUGACCGAGCCGCCCCUCAACCCUCUAAAGAACCGCGAGCAGAUGUGUGAGGUCAUGUUUGAGCGGUACCAGUUUGGCGGAGUCUACGUUGCUAUCCAGGCCGUCCUGGCGCUGUAUGCCCAAGGUCUCAGCUCCGGCGUGGUUGUCGACUCUGGCGACGGCGUGACGCAUAUCGUCCCCGUUUACGAAUCCGUCGUUCUAAACCAUCUCACGCGCCGCCUGGACGUGGCCGGCCGCGACGUCACACGCAACCUCAUCGCCCUCCUGCUGCGUAGGGGAUACGCGCUGAACCGGACGGCCGAUUUCGAGACGGUGCGCCAGAUCAAGGAGAAGCUCUGCUAUGUUUCCUACGACUUGGAGCUAGACAAGCGGUUAAGCGAGGACACGACGGUCCUGGUGGAGAGCUACACAUUGCCCGACGGGCGGGUUAUCCGCGUUGGUUCAGAGCGGUUCGAGGCCCCCGAGUGCCUGUUCCAGCCGCACCUUGUCGACUGCGACCAGCCAGGCAUCGCCGAGUUCCUCUUCAACACCAUCCAGUCCGCUGAUGUCGAUGUUCGUUCGUCCCUCUUCAAGGCCAUCGUCUUGUCGGGUGGUAGCAGCAUGUACCCCGGUCUGCCGUCACGUCUGGAGAAGGAAAUCAAGCAGCUGUGGCUCACGAGGGUGCUAGGAGGAAACCCGGAGCGGCUGAGCAAGUUCAAGGUCAGGAUAGAAGAUCCGCCACGGAGGCGGCACAUGGUGUUCCUCGGCGGUGCAGUGCUGGCCAACAUCAUGGCCGACAAGGAGAGCAUGUGGAUUUCGAAGCAAGAAUGGGAGGAGCAGGGCACCCGAGUCUUGGAGAAGCUCGGUCCCAGAUAG